GUUAAUUUCUCCAGUUAAGAUCUUCGCGGGAUUUCAGUUCGGGUCUAGGUUCGGGACCUGUGGGCGGGACGAGAGGAAGAAUGACUGUUGUCUUCGCGGUUCUUGAUCCGGAACUUAUCAAGGAGUCCCGGAAGAGGUAAUUCGUGGGCUAGAAGCGUGUUCACUACGCGAGGGGGAAAACGGAGCGGCGCGAGUGAGGCGUUGGUGAGGUUCUCUAGAUGCUCUCCAAAUCCUUGGUGAUGGAAUAUUUGGCUCAUCCUGGUGCACUUAGCGUGGCUGCCGGAGUUGCUUGUGGCAUGUGCCUGGGUUGGGGUCUCCGUGUACGCUUUGGGAUGACUCCCAAAAGCUCAGUGAGCGAGAUAGACACAGAGACUGGAAGUGAAGCAAGCAUCUUAGGAGAAAGUGGGGAGUACAAAAUGAUUCUUGUGGUUCGAAAUGACUUGAAGAUGGGAAAAGGGAAAGUAGCUGCCCAGUGCUCUCAUGCUGCUGUUUCUGCCUACAAGCAAAUUCAAAGAAGAAACCCUGAAUUGCUCAAACAAUGGGAAUACUGUGGCCAGCCCAAAGUGGUGGUCAAAGCUCCUGAUGAAGAAACUCUGGUUGAAUUAUUGACCCAUGCAAAAAUGCUAGGACUGACUGUAAGUUUGAUCCAAGAUGCUGGACGUACUCAAAUUGCACCUGGUUCUAGAACUGUCCUGGGAAUUGGGCCAGGACCAGCAGAUCUAAUUGACAAAGUCACUGGUCACCUAAAACUUUACUAGGUGGAAUUUUGUAUGAUGAUUGUCCCACCACAAUGUGUUUUGAAACUGUCAAAUUCUAACAAUAAAACUGAAAUUCUCCCCCUACUUUAA